AUGGCUUCCGGUGGUUUGCAGUCUGUCAAUUUCUCCAGCUCAUCACCAUCCCUUCAAUGCAGCGAAGAUACAGACAAUACUAUUUUAGAAUGUAGAGUGUGUGAUGAGGUGUUCCGUUUCCAAGGGGACAAAGUGCCACGUCUGCUUGUUUGUGGCCACACUGUGUGCCAUCAAUGUCUAACGCGGCUACCUGUCCAUGGAUACAACAUCCUGUGCCCAUUUGACCGGCAACCAACAGAGAUCGGUGACUCUGGAGUGUGGGGACUGAAGAAAAACUUUGCACUACUAGAACUGUUGGAAAAACUGCAACAAUCCAAACAAAUUCCUCUUAGUAGAAAUUUGUUUACAGAAGAAUGUUUAGCAAGAGAAAAACAGCAUGAUAUAUCAUGUGACGAGGAUGAAACUCAUAUAGCAGUCCUUUACUGUACCGUGUGCAGUACACAUCUGUGUGUAGAAUGCUCACUGCGCACACAUUCCACACGAACUCUUGCCCGCCACAAACGUGUCCCCAUCUCUGAGAAGCCUAAAGAAAAUCCAAAAUGUGUGUACCAUCCCAUGCAUUUAGUGGAGUUUGCCUGUUUGGAGGAUGAAUGUCGAAAUAGUCCACUAAUGUGUUAUAUAUGUAAGGACUACGGACGCCAUGUCAAACAUCGGCACGCACUGCUGGAAACAGAAGCUGAGAAAGUUCGCUCCUCUAUAUCAAAUGCAGUUCAACAGACUCGACUGUUUGGGGAAGAGGUUGCAGAUACUGUCAGGAAACUGCAGACAUGUAUACAACAUGUUGAGGGAGAUUUACAACACAUGGUAUCAGGGGAUGGAUCUAGUGUGUCAAAUAGGGCACCAGGUACUGCUGAUCUAUCACGGACCAAAAUAAAGCAAUACUUUAGUGAACUCCGUGAUAAUCUAAACCGCCAGGAGGUGGCAGCACUGACAACAGUUGACACUCACAUUCGGGAAAAACUCUGUAUGCUGCGGCAGCAACAGGAGGAUAUGGCUGUUCUUUUGUCACAGAUAUCAGCUGUGUGUCAUCAGUGUGAAGCCACAUUACAGCAGGAUGACACUCGAGUAUUACUUGCCAAAUCAGAGGUGAAGACAUUACUCGACACGAUACAAAAACAACAACAGCAGUUCUCAGAAGUACCAGACCAGCUGCCCCUUGACCCAACCAUUCCAAUCACAUUUACCAAGGAUAAUCGAGUCCAUAUUGGUCCUAAGAUUGAAAUGCGGGUCGUCAUUCUAGGCUUAGAUGGAGCCGGAAAGACUAGUAUAUUAUUUAAACUGAAGCAGAAUGAGUUUAUACAAACCAUUCCGACUAUUGGUUUUAAUGUGGAAACUGUUGAAUACAAGAAUGUCAAGUUUACUAUCUGGGAUGUUGGUGGACAACACAAGAUCAGACCACUGUGGAGACACUACUAUUUCAAUACCCAAGCUGUGAUAUUUGUGGUGGACGGAAGUAACAAAGGGAGAUUAUCCGAGUCCUAUAAUGAAUUAGCCAAGCUGGUGCAGGAAAAAGAACUAAGGGAGGCUUCACUAUUAAUCCUAGCUAAUAGACAGGAUAUACAACCCAGCGUCUCCAUUGAGGAGAUCACAGAGACAUUUAGUCUCUUCAAGCUCUGCUGUAACCGUAGUUGGCACAUCCAGGCGUGUGAUGCCAAGACUGGAAACGGACUCCAUGAUGGCCUUGAGUGGUUAUCACGGCAAAUGGUGGCUGCUGGUGCUCCAGAACUAGUUUGAUGCUUCCCUAUAAGCCAUAGACUAUAAAAUGGCUUUCACAACUGGCUGUGAGUUUGUGUUAAGUGAAGGAACUAACAACUGAGAGUGGUACUCUAUACCGGGAUAUUUUCGCCCAAGGUCUUUUUCACUUUAGUACCAUUAUACAUGAAUUCACCUCAUGCUUUAUCACUCGCUGAGGAUUAUACAAAAGGACAAAAAGAGCAAAUAUUAAAUGGGGUCAAAAAUUUCUCGGUACACAGUAUUUUGCAUUAGUCAUCACAUUGUGUACUGGUUUAGUGUAUGAAAAGGGUGCGUUAGUUUUAAGUGGGUAAUGAAACAGCCAACAAAAUGGUUUAUAUGUAUCUAGCCCCACAAAACUUCUGAUCAGGAAGAGUAUUUUUAUUUCCUCUAGAUGGUUCUCAAGAAUUUGGUCUUUUAUAUCCCAAUUUUAAUAAAUUCAAUAAUAGAAUGAUCCACUUGUCUCAGCAGGGCUUUUCACUGAAAUAUAGCGUUUAAAAUAAAAAUCAAGAAUUCUUUCUGAAGUUAAGUUUUCUAAUCUUGGGGCAUAGGUAAUUUUUUUAUAACUUUGCAGAAGUGUAUUUAAAAAGGUUGCUUUGUGUAUUUAUUUUCUGCUUCAAGAAACUCUUUUUCUUUGUACUUUCCAUAAAUACAAGUGCUUACAUUUUUCACUGAAUUUUUCAUAAAUACAAUUUUGAA